CCAUAUCCACGUUAUUGAAAAUUCCACUUUUACCUUUUUACUUGUUAAGAGCUCGUACAUUGAGACUUAUUCUGGUUUUCGUACGAAUCGAAAAUUUCAAAUUUUUGUAUAGUAAAUGAUAGGAAAAUUUCAAGAUUUUCGAUUCGUACGAAAACAAGAAUACGCUUCAUUGUUUUUUUUUAUAAAUUUUAACAGAAAACGAUAUGGUUUGUGUGGAGCUUGGGGCUUUUCCAGCUGAUUUUAAAAAAGACAUAGCAAACCUUAAGGAAAAACUUCGUGAAAUAGUUAAUAACUGGGGCAUCAGCGAUGAUCAGAUAAUAGCAUUUGUCACUGACGGAGGAGCCAAUAUCAAAGGCGCAGUGAAACAAGAAUUUGGAGAGUCGAAGCACGUAACCUGUUUUGGUCACACUAUCAAUAAUAUUGGUCAAGCGAUCAUUCAAAAUAACAAUGACGAUGCUAUCGACGAUGAUGAAAACGAAACGGAAGGAGGCACGCUAAAGGAUCUUUUAAAAAAGGCAACAAUGAUCAUCGAACCGACUACAGCAAUAGGCAAAAUAGCAAAAGACGUCCUGUUGACCGAGGUCCAAAAACGUUACGCAAAUUUGGAGGCGGUGGUUAUUUACGGUGUGGCAACAAUACUUGAUCCAAGGUACAAGAAGGCUGCCUUCGAAAACUCAAUCUACUGUUCGCGGGCUGCUGCUUUUAUUGGUAACUUAUUAAUAACCAGCCAAACCCAAAGUAAUGAAUCUGUGGAAAGUAUCGCUGAGCUUCAAACAUCGGACGAAGGAGGCAUAUGGUCAUAUUUAGAUCAAAACAUUAGCAACAAUCAAUGCAAUAGAAGUAACGUUUCGGAAAUAAAUUCGGACCAGCUGCGAGCUUAUUUAAUCAGGCCAGCUGUUUCUCGAAAAUUAAACAAAAACCCUUUAACAACUUGGCAGGCGUUGAAAAAUGAUUUUCCUUUGCUUUUUCCAAUUGCCCAAAAACAUUUGUCAGUUAUGGCAACGUCAGUCCCAUGUGAGCGACUAUUUUCACAUGCUGGACUUAUAGCAACCCAGUUGAGGAACCGUCUCUCACCCGAACAUUUAAAUAUGUUAGUAUUUUUUGCGGUCAAUUGAGGAAGAAAUGUGGGACAUAUGAGGCUAUUAGCGCAAGACUUGGUCUUGGUCUGUACAACCACUCUUACAGUGGCCGUAAAAAUAAUAGCACUUUAAUAUUUGGACAUGUUUUGACUUAAUUUUAAAAUAUUAUAUAUGUAAAAUUCAACAAAAUUUCCAAAUUAAAAAAAAAAAGUUGGGUUGGCAGUUUCAAUUUUGGUAUUAUAAAAUGCAAGUUUGAAGUAGCUACAAAUUGAAAAAGUUUGAAAUUUUUUUUGCAUAUAUGAUAUUUGUUGAGGAAU